UAGUUUUCUUUUGAGCGUCAGGGAUUCCAUCCGUCGCUCCGCCGCCGCGCAUCUGAUCUUCCCUGAACCCCGCUCAUCAUCGCCUAGCCCUAGCCCUAGUGCCGCGAGCUUCUCCUUCUCCUCUCCUAUAGUUCUAGGCUGGGAACGGUGAGGAUGGCCCCGCCCAGGAUUCGGGGGAAGCUGAAACGCAUCAGCCAGUUCAAUUCUGCAAAAACUGGGAGGAAGAAGAAGAUUUCCAAGAAGCGACCUGCGCAGCAAGAGCCAGAACGGAGGCUUGGCAUGAUCCGAUUCAGAAUCAUGGCCUGCGCAAAGUCCCCAGAGCAAGACAUCUGCUACAUCUGCGGAGACGACGAUCACAUGGAGCACUUCUGCCCUUACAACUACAUGUUCGGGCGAUACUUCAGCGACACCUGCAGAGGAGAGUGCCCUCCCCAGGAGCACAGGAUCACCUCCAGGGAUCAUCGAGAGUUCCUGCGGCGUUUCGUGCGCGUGACGAACCUGCCGCCGGGGUUCGGGGUGUGGGAUCUCGAGGACCUCUUCAGCCCGUUCGGAGCUCUGCUCAUGUGGAAUGUUCCCAAGUUCAGGAACUACCUGUGUGGAUGCACGACUGGAAUCCACAUGAGCUUCGGCUUCGUCGUCUUCAAGAGACGCGAGGAUGGGGAGAGGGCCGUCGACGAGCUCAAUGGCUAUCAGGCCGGUGACCGGAGGCUGCGAGUUGAUUGGGUUUACCCUUCUUGUGUGUAGCUCAAAGAUCAAACUUUCUAUUUACCCUUCUUGUCUGUAGCUCAAAGAUCAAAACUUUCCAUUACCCUUCUUGUUCCAUUUACCCUUCUUGUGUGUAGCUAAAUAUCAAACUUUCCAUUUACCAUUCUUGUGUAGCUCAAAAAUCAAACUUCCCAUUUACCCUUCUUGUGUGUAGCUAAACAUCAAACUUUCCACACGCACUAGCAGAGACUAAAGACUAGAGAGACAUUUGCAUUUUCUGUUCUCCCAUAUGUAUAGGGGUGGCAACAGGGCAGAGCGGGGUUGGGUUGGAUUGCCCCAGCCCCCGACCCCACAAAGGAAGUCGGGUGAAAAACAUCACCUGUUGCAGCCCCCACAGGGGACCCGGUGGGUGACCGGGGCCCCGCAUCACCCGCAUACAUGUAUCAUUUUGAUUCACUCUAUUGUUUAUCCAGACUCUUUUAAUAGCCAAUAUGUUUUUUUAUGAUGUAGCAUAUCCUUGUGCAAGAAAGCUUGUUGCUUUCACUAUAUAAGAUGUUAUGAGUGUGUGAGUUUGUCUUGCGUA